UCGAACAAGGCCGGAAGAAUCUGUACCGUAUAAAAUACGUCGGCCAUUCUAGUUACACUUCAUAUUCGUUUUAGAUUUGUUCCUAGCUAACACCAUGGAUCGUAUCUACAACACAUUCGUAGUGCUACUUCUGCUCCAUUUUGCAAACUUCCAUGUCUGCAUGAAAGUGAUGCCCCCUGCAUCGAAUCAAGGGAUACAACCAUGCAGUUCUGGUUUCUACAGGAAUCCGUUUCAGUCCAGACCCGAACAAAUGGAUACAAUAAACUCUAUGUGCAGUUCAACUAUGAGUACUACAGUUUCUGGCAAUCAAAAAUUAAACAGUGAUGCAUGCUUUGGGUGCUUCUCUCGUGUUAUUACCCAAGCCCAGGAUGCAGAGUUUUUAAAUGAUCUAAGUUCAUGUGCCUCAAAAUACCUUGAUGGAACAGCUUACCAGCCAUGUGCAGAAGAACUUGCAAAAGACGUUGCACAAAAUGAAACGGAAAUGGUAAACAUAAACUGUGUGGCCAACAGCGCCUUUUGCAGUUUUGAUAAAUGUAUUCAACGUGUUGAUAAAAUAAACUUGAUUAAUAUGUGUAUUGAAGAAGUGCAAGGCAAUGCUGUGAAUGACAGUGGAGAAGCAGAUGAAGCAAAACGUUAUAUCGAGACAACAGCUUGUAUACUGGCAAAGAUUCGCUGUAGAAAUUAUAUGUACAAUCCUCGUCCCAGUCGGCCCGGGAUGGCUCGGGAGCCAACAGUUUGGAACAUGUAUCAAGCAAGUGGCUUAUUUGUCAGUGCAGACUUUGAUCUGAGAGUGACAAAUCUACCAUAUGGGAGCGCAGGCCUGACAUGUGGAUUUGGUCCUGAUAAUGUUGGGAUAGCUGCUUGGCCAGGAGCUACAUGCUAGAAUGUCCACAACAAAACAUAAGUGUACUCAGUGUGAUGUACAUAUGAAAUAAAAAGUCAAAUCACCAUUUUGAGCUCUGUUUUGGUUUGAUAAUCAUCAAAAGUUUAACAGUUACAGUCAAUUUCCAAUUAUCUGUACUACCAGAGGAGGUUCAUCAUGCUGGCCACACAUUCUAAAAUACGUAAGUCUUAGGCCACUUACGUACUAGGAUCGUGCAUCUGAAUCCCACUGAAGCACAGAUGUUUUGUCUAAACUAAGUAGUUCUACCAUUAAAAGACGUCCUCACUGCAUUAAAAAUUAAGCUCAUAUAUGCAAAGGAUAAGUUUGCCUGUCACACAAAUUACUCUCAAUCACAGGGUAACAUAUUGUCGUAAUUGUGGGGAAAAGAAAAAAAACUUUAAAAUAUGAAAAGUUUGGAAAUAAAGUAUGUUCAUUAGUUAAUCUGUGUUUCAUAAUGUGUUUAGCAAUGGUAGAUAAAGUCCGUGUUACAUUUAAAAAUAAAAUUUGGUUUGUGCUGCAAAGGAAAAUUCUGAAGCAUUUUUUAGUAUUAAAAUAAUUUUCUUAUAUUUGCUAUACCACAAGAUUGCAAGGAUGGUGUGUAUUUUAUAAUGCCAUUGCUAUCCCAUUAUUCAGACAACUCAGAGUUGAUUAUAUUUGUAAACAACUUCUUUUAAAAUCAUAGUGCAACAUGAAAUGAGCUUAGAAAAUAAAAUCUCAAUUCCUUUCUGGACCUGAGACUAGUGAGACCAUACUGACACGCUGAAUAUCUGGUUCUUCGGCACAUUUUAUGAUAUUCCAUUGUGGAAAAACUCAUACCAGAAAGACAGAUGAUUAUUUUCUACGUAUUUCAGUAAUCUUAGUGAAUGAUCACAUAAACUGUUGAUGGGUUUCUGCACUGCCUCAUUCUCAAUGCUAUCUUGAAGCAAAAUCCAAAGAAAAUUUCAAACCUAUUGAGUAAAAAAUUAAUUAAUCACAACACUUGUUUCUGUUAAAAAUUACAAACAUAUUUUGACAUGCCCACAUACAUUUAUCACGUUAGUAAUUUCCAACAUAUAUGAGUUAAGAAAGGGAACCAUACAAAAAUUCAAGUCGAGGCCAAACUCUGCAUUUAACAUGACAGUUGACAAAUUGCUCACAAAUAAUAAUUCUUUCCACAUGGUUUUCAAGUUAUUCCUUAGAUCACGAAAAACAAAAAUAUGUUCCAUUGAAAUGUGACAUUACCAGUCUGAGUGUUUUCACCCACAAGAAAAAUUAUCUGCUUCCAGAAUUUGAAUAAUAUCAAAAAUACAGUCAACUAAUGGAAUUAGUUACAAUUAUAAGAACUAUAUAUGUGUAAAGAAUCUUUAAAAGAACCACAUUUCAUGUAUAGUUGUAAAAAUACUUGAUUAGCUGCCAACAAAAUGUGAUGCAGAUUUAUAAAGUUUGAAAUGUAAUGUUUAAAAAAAUAUACAUAUACGUGCACA